AUGCCAAGCUCCAGCGCAGAAAUGACUUUCAACGUCCUCACGACAAAUGCGAUCGACUUGCAGCGCCUACUCGAAACGAACAGGACCACAAGUGCUCAAAUUGUUCAAGAGUACUUGGCACAGAUUGAUCGCUAUGAGCCUGCACUCAAUGCCCUCAUCUCGCCUGCCCCGCGGGAAAAGGUCCUCGAAAUCGCCACGGCUCGCGACGAGGAGCGCCAGAAUGGGAACAUCCGCGGCCCAUUUCAUGGAAUUCCCAUAAUUUUGAAAGACACAUUUGUCACGGCGUUGGAGCUGGGAAUGAGCACCACAGUUGGAUCAUAUGCAUUCAUUGGAGCCAAGGCGUCAAAGAACGGAGCUAUCACUCAGCGGCUGAUUGACGCUGGCCUGAUUAUCCUGGGAAAGGCCAAUAUGACUGAAUUCGCGGGCAUGAAAAUGACCAUGAUGAUGCCCGGUUGGUCUGCGCACGGCGGUCAGACUCUGUCACCGUAUGUUGGGAAGAUAGAAGAUAAUGAGAAGAUUCUUGGCCACUCAGCUCCUGGGGGCUCAUCCACUGGUUCUGCGGUCGCUGUAGCCGCUGGGUUUAGCCCUCUCGCCAUGGCCACUGAGACCAUAGGUUCCAUCGUGACUCCGUCAACACGCGCCGGUUUGUAUGCAAUCAAGCCUACUAUCGGGAUCCAGGAUACUACUGGUCUAUACACCAUGACAGAGUUCUUUGACAGUCCAGGGCCUAUGGCAAAAUCGGCAGCUGAUGUUCGCGUUCUUUUUGAGAUCCUACUCAGUCGCCCAUUUAGCUCCCCCCAGUUAGAUUCUUGGGAAGGCCUUUCCGUGGGCUUCCUAGACCCAAAAAUUUGGACCAUGUCACCAGACUUUUGCGCACAAUUUGAGGGUACAGCGGAGCAAAUGGUAGACGAGUACGAAGAGACAGUUUCUGCUCUACAAAGCGGAGGUUGUCUCCUUAAAUACCCAAUCCAUUGCAAGGAUCCUUCAGUCUUGCCGGCCACUAUAUUACGAAUCGCAUAUUGGGACUUUAAAAACAUCUGUAUUCCUAGAUUUAUUCGCUCGUUUGACGAGUGCUCUGUAACAAGCGUUGCAGAUAUCGUCAAGUUCAAUGAAGAAAACAGCGAGAAGGCCCUUCCAACUCCCUUCGUCAAGCAGAAUGACCUGGAGGGGGCAAUGAACGCUGUUGAAGAAAAGGAACAAAUAGAUGAACUAAAACAGGACCUUCGUAGGGCCGCGAGAGAUAUUCUGGAUGACCUAUUUGACAAGGAAAAAAUCAAUAUCCUGGUAGCUCCGGGAGACUCCUCGUUAUGCGUUCAUGCUUCUGCUGCAGGGUAUCCUGUCGCUACAGUCCCCAUAGGACAACUUCGCUAUAAUGACCGGCCAUUCGGUCUGUGUCUGGUGGCCAGGGCGGACGAGGAGGAGACCUUGUUGCGGUUUAUGGGAUUGUACGAAAGCGUUGCUAAGCCUCGACCGGUUCCGAAAAUUUGA